UCUGUGUUGUAGGUAGACGUGUCUGUGAUGUGACUGAGUUUCAUCUUGUGCACAUUAUUUAUCUGUGGACGUUUUUCUUGUUUGAAGUCACAGACGAGAGCAGCAGCUACUAUGAGUGUAACUGCAGCAGCCAGUGGAUUUGUUGUCCUUCUUCUCACUGUGACAGUGGUACAGUGUGAGAAUGGCUGGGAUGUGAGUUACACUUCUACUGAGAUCUGUGCCGUCAGAGGAUCAACAGUGAACAUUACCUGUACCUACACAUACCCAUCCACAUUCAAUAACCAUGAUACUACAGUUCAGGAAACUUUCUGGUUCAUUAAAGAGAGUAAUGGGAUUCACGUUGAUCUAAGGACUGAUCCAGAGUAUUCAGGUCGUGUGGAGAAUCUCUGUGGAAACAACAAGUGCACUCUGAGAAUCUCUAACCUGAGAGAGAGCGACUCAGCUGUUUACAAGUUGUUCACAACAAACCAACCUACUGGGAGUUUAACUGGUUCAGCUGGAGUCACUCUGUCUGUCACUGAUUUGCAUGUGCAGGUGAGCGCAUCAGGGAAGUCUGACUCUUAUUACUGGGCAGAGCUCAGGUGUCAGAGCAGUUGUCGUCUUCCUGAUCAUCUGAACUACGUCUGGUACAAGAAUCAACAGAAGAUGAAGGAAGGAGAAUCUUAUACAGAUUAUUUUUAUCCUGCAAACAGAGUUUCCUGUGCUGUUAAAGGACUCGAGGAUUUCCGCUCUCCGUCAAUGUUGGUAUGGAAUCAGAAUGGCUGGAAUGUGAGUUACACUUCUACUGAGAUCUGUGCCUUCAGAGGAUCAACAGUGGACAUUAACUGUACCUACACAUACCCAUCCUGGUUGAAUAACCUUAUAACUAGAGUUCAGAAAACUUUCUGGUUCAUUAAAGAGAGUAAUGGGAUUCACGUUGAUCUAAAGAAUGAUUCAGAGUAUUCAGGUCGUGUGGAGAAUCUCUGUGGAAACAACACGUGCACUCUGAGAAUCUCUAACCUGAGAGAGAGCGACUCAGCUGUUUACAAGUUCAUGUUCACAACAAACCAACAUACUGUUAGUUUUACUGGUUAUACUGGAGUCACUCUGUCGGUCACAGACCCUCAGCUCCAGGUACAUGUGAAGAGAUCAACAGCCAAUCCAUCUUCUACCUGGACAGAGCUGACCUGUCACAGCAGGUGUCAGCUCCCUGAUCAUCUUUCCUACGUUUGGUACAAUAACAAUAAACCUGUUGGACAAAAAAAAUACUUUCACCUCCGACACUUUGAUGCUGAAGACAGCUAUCACUGUGCUAUAGAAGGACAGGAGCAUUUCCCUUCUCCUACAGUGUAUGCUCCAAAGCCUCCCUCUGUGUCAGUGAGUCCCUCUGGUGAGAUCAUGGAGGGCAGCUCAGUGACUCUGACCUGCAGCAGUGAUGCUAACCCAGCAGCUAAAUACACCUGGUACAAGAGAAGAGGAGAUAAACAAGUUCAACGUCUCAGUGAAGAGACACAAUUUGUCCUCUGCUCCAUCAGGUCGUCAGACUCUGGAGAGUAUUACUGCACAGCUGAGAAUGAGCUGGGAAGGAGUUCAGCAAACAUCUCUAUUACUGUGACAUACGCUCCAAAGCCUCCCUCUGUGUCAGUGAGUCCCUCUGGUGAGAUCAUGGAGGGCAGCUCAGUGACUCUGACCUGCAGCAGUGAUGCUAACCCAGCAGCUCACUACACCUGGUACAAGGAGAACCGAGCUCUGCUUCAAGGACCAGAGGGUGUUUAUCGUCUCUCCUCCAUCAGCUCUGGGGACAGCGGGGUCUACUCCUGCAAGUCUGAGAAUCAGUACGGACGGAUCAACUCCAGGUCUCUACACUUAGACGUCCAAUACGCUCCAAAGCCUCCCUCUGUGUCAGUGAGUCCCUCUGGUGAGAUCAUGGAGGGCAGCUCAGUGACUCUGACCUGCAGCAGUGAUGCUAACCCAGCAGCUAACUACACCUGGUACAAGGAGGACGAGGACUCACCAACAGCAUCAGGACAAAUCUUCACCAUCACUAAUAUCACAGCUGAACAUGGUGGAAAGUAUCAGUGUGAGGCCCAGAACACACACGGACGUAGUAAGGCCACCUUACAUCUGACUGUUGGAGCAGGGAAGUCAGUGAUAAUCAUGAAUAUCAUCAGGCUGACUCUGGUGGUCGUGCUGGUUCCAGUGCUUGUCUGGACUCUGUGGACGAGGAUGAAAAAGACUCUGAGCUUGAAAUCAGAAGUGAAUGAAGCUGUGGAGAUGAUAGAGUCACACAACUGUCCUGAUUAUGAGAACGUUGCUGCUGCAGCACAGACAGAGGACACAGAGGAGCAGGAAGACCUGGUGUGAAGCAUCAGGUGCACUGUGAUUGGUUGAAAGUAUGUUGAAGGCGACAGGAGGUAUCUCUCUUUCCAUCCCCGAGUUGCAGAAUCAGCAGUUUGUGCAGCAUGACCGUUAGAGCAAGAGUAUUGUUGUGUUUUUUAUUUUCUUUUUCUUUGUGAUGGGUCCAGUUGUCCAGUUUCCGCAGCUUUAUUUCUGUGAGCUUUAGUUCUGAUGUGGGUUUAGGUUAAAGGAAGAUUCUCAGAUCCUACGACCCUUUGUGGGUUGGUGUGUUGGGUUUUCCUUCUUUUGUCCAUUUUGCCGGCCUGUUGUUGAAGUUGUUGUCUUUUCUGCAAUAAUUAUUAUGAAACCAAGGCCAGUAGCUGCUUCACUGUAAAAUGUUUUCACAAUGCUAAAAUUUAUGCAAGAAUAUCUAUUCCUUUCUUUUCCUUUUGAGAUUGAAUUCGUGUAUGUGUAAUAUAUCAUAAUGUGCUGUUGGGAAAUGUUUUUUGUGCAACCACAGACGGCCUAUUUUCGGCCUAUAUGUGUUGUCAAAGCCUUAAAACAAGUAUGGCCUUUGUCUUGAGAAAGCCUCCCGAACUCAGUCUCCCAGGGUGCAACAGGUUCCAUUGUUCUGAAAGAAGCCAGAGCACAGGGAACUCACUCUCCCAGGAUUCCUCAACUUAACACAGAGGGGUGAAAAAACCCCAGGGUCAACUCCUAUUGGUCACACUGGCCCCUGACCAGUGAGGUCACCAGGCCAAUAUAAGGAAAGGUUCCCCCCAAAUUCUUCUUCUUUCUCCAAUCCUUCUGAGGGCCAAAGGCUGUCCAGCUGUCUUCUCCUCCUGCAUCGGAGAGAGGGAGAAACCUGAUUUCUCCAGCUCAGCUCUUCUCUUCCCACCCAACGAGAGGUGGUCAGAGGUGCAGUUUCCAACUCAUCUCUUCAAGGAAACCUUUACGCAUCUCAAGCUUCUACAAACUCCUAGCAGCGACUCGAUGUCCUGUGGGUAAGAUUCAACGGCAACUGAACUGCACAGCCACAACAGAAUCGCGAAUGCAGAACCUUACCACACAAAGCCAGGAGAUGUCACAGAACUGCAAACGGCACAGCAACUUUCUCCCUUUCUAAUGACUGGUAACAUACUGGGCUUAAUAAUUAUACUAGACUAAGCCAGACUGUUUAUUUGAUUCUUUGCAGUGUUUAUAAGUUUGAUAUAUGUGGUGAUAUAGUGUUUAUAAGUUAAAUGAAAGUUAAUGUUAGUUACUGUCUAAACAGACUCAUUUAAAUAUGUUCCCGCUACCAGUUGUAAAACCACUUCUGAAGAAAAGGGGGGGGCUGGGAACUUUAGCGGGGCCAAACCACCAUUUUGUAAGCAAGCUAAGGAGGGUGUGAAUUUCAGUCAGCCAAUUUGGGAAGCACCCUAAUUUACACACACACACACACACUCACAUACACAUCUUUGUAUGGCUAGUACGUUUGUUAGUAAUUUGUGUUUUUAUACUUUAUUAUAUUCAUAAUAAAUGCUUUUCUUUCACAAA